GUGAAACUCAAUUUGGUACAGGUCGGGAAGGAGCGACUUCCACUCGUGACUUCUGCCAGGCCCACAUCUGACAGGACCGAGCUAACAAUCUCGUUUCAUCUUCUUGUCUAUCGAAACCAUCAAAACUACUGCAAUCAUGACAGCAGCUAAGAAUCGCCGUGGUCACACUUCAUCUUCGGUCCAGAAAAAGCACUCUCACUUCUCGGAAUCCAAAAAGGACAAGAAAGAGAAGAAAUACCUUACGACCAAUUCCGUCUUCAAGAACCACCCUGAUCGAAUCCGCAAGCGCGACAAGGCUUCUUCUAAAAGCAAAAGAGAUGAUCUAGGCAAAAGCGUCCUCGGCUCUCGUCGCAAACGCGAGCGUGAACCUUCCUCUUCACCUCCACCUAGGAGAUACACUCUCGCAGACGAGUCGAAUGCCGUGUUUGACAACUACAAAAAUCAUGUCAGCGAUGACGCUGAGCAAACCAUUGCUCGUGCCUAUAAGGAUCUGGUUCAGCAACUCGAGCAAACCACUCUCGCGCCCGACUCAUUAAGCAACCGAAUUGCAGAGGCCAUCGAGGCUGCUCAGGCAAUAUCUACUCCACUUGCCGAUGAACCAGUCAGCGUGAACUUCAAGGACGCCAAGGGAAACAUCCUCCGUAACGAGCAGAUUCCUAUCGGCGACACCGUCACACGCUUCGAGCAGAUACUCCAAAAGAAGAAGGAUGAUCUUACGACACUCUGGGAAGAGUGGGAAGACGUUCGUCAAGAAAUCGCAGAGACAGGCGCCGAUAUUCUGCACGACCAGAAAUUCCCAUCUCAGUUUGGUCUUGAAGCUGCCAACAACCAUUACAGCCCAUUAUCUCACACCAAUCCUGAGGUUGAGAGUCUCCGUAGACUGAUCCAGAAAGAAAGUGAGAAGGCGUACAAGGAGCUCGACCAGGAAGCCAAGGACAGUGUUGCAGCUCACAGGGAGUACCAGGGGCUCUGGAUCAGCUGGCUGCAACAGAACACUUGAUCGGUUCUUGAUGGCGUUCAGUAUUCCUGCAGACUCGAUGCCACACAUUCGGUUUGCGUUCUAUUCUCUACUCUUGUGUUGCUUCUUUACCAUCAACAA